UCCUGUUAAGAGGGAAAUUACAAACUUACUAUUAACGAUGUUAGCAGGAAAAUACACAGAGGGCGAUGAUGUGUAUUCGGAGCCGUACAGCCAACUGGCUCCCGUGCAGACUGCAACACAACCGACCUCAACAAGUGGCUCGCUUGAACAGCCCAAAAGGAACUCUCAAACUCGCAGGGCUUAUCGUAAAGGAACAAAGGACAGGGUUGAGAACGGUGGGAAGUUGUAUUCGGAAGCCCGAUGUUUACAUGACGACAUGGGGAACAGUUAUAGCGAACCUGUCGGUGUCUAUAGCCCUAGUUCUGGCCAAAUGACUGCGGGGGAGUUUACACCUGUCAAUUCGGGGUUACCCGAGCGCGACGUUACUCACGAGCAUGAAGUUGUCUCGUAUGAUUUGGCAAAGUCUCCAGAGGAAGUGCCACCAAAACAACAGAUACAGUUAGGUGAUUACACAGAACCACCGGAUAGGAAAAAGGACAGUGUUGGAGGUAUCCGUCGUCCAAAACCUGAAGAAUACUCUGAUCCCUAUGAUGUGGAUCGACUCCUUCAGGCUGGAAGUGAACAGAAAAAGUUAGCCCAGAAACUAAGACAUUCGGCACCUGCCAAAGGAAGUGAGGACGACUUGUAUGAACUUGCUCAGCCUAUUCCAAACACAGGAAAUUCCCCAUCAAAGGGCAUUAACACUGUGACUACCAAAAAAGUGCUGUUGUAUCGUGCACAAUCAGAAGGGUUCACUUAUGACCAUGUGCCAAAUAUAACAGGAACAAGUUUUGAUUCGGGUGUCGAGACUGGUGCUGAGACUGGAUUUGAAAUUCCAGAAUCUGAAUUAGAACAGGAUGAUUAUGAUCAUCUGAGUACGUGGAAAGGAGGCAGCAAUCCAUCCAGUCCACUUAAGUCUCCUGAUUAUACACACAGUCAAACUUUAGUAGUUGGAGAAAAAGUUGAAAGUCCCAAAAUGAACACAGUGUCAAGUGCUUUUUCUACAGGAGGUGCGCCUAUGGCUUCUCCAAAACCGCCUGUGGGUCGAGUGGAAGAGGUAUAUGCAGGCGCAUACGAGGAGCCUUGGGAUUCUAAACGAAGUCAGCAACAAUUUUCUAAGAUUGUUGGAAAAGCGGAAAGCAAAUAUCCAGAUAGCACUGAUGAUAGGAUCAUUCCAGGAGUAGUUGUACGACCAAAAGUUCAAACUCCUGAGGCAGCUGUGUAUGAGGACGCAUGGGACACAGAAGAGAAACAGAAACAGUUUGAGAAUAAAGUCAAGGAGGCUCAAAGAAAGCAAAGUAGUGGGGCUUUACAGUCACAAAAGGGUGAUGAUAAUACUUCAGCACCAAACUACGACGAGCCGUGGACAGAUAUAAACUGUAUGAGGACACCACAACCGCCAAUGUCGUUACCAGGGCAACCAAAGGUGAGAGUGUCUUCCUCCCCUAACACUGCUCAUCGACCUCCACAUGCUCUACCACCAAUGAAUAACCCUGCUCACAGGCCACAUCAAAAUCUUCCUGGUUCCUCGUGCGCAUCUGCACCUGUGGAAUCUGAAAGUAAUACAUACGAAUCCCCUUGGGACACAAAGAAGAAAGAGCAGGAACUGGAGGAUAAAGUGAACAGGUUAAAACAUAGCAGCCCUGUUAAUCAGAGAACAGUAGUAGAUACUCCUCCAUUGUCCCCGGGCUCUCCUCCAAACUUUUAUCCUCCCCCACCCCCUACAUCACAGAUGUAUGAGGAAGCAUGGGAUAUGAAACGUCCUUCACACCUUCUUGCCAAAGCUCAAUCAGAAGGACAAAGGAAUUCCCCCAGCCAGAACAGGAUGUCGGAGGGUCCAGGUAGGGAGCGUGCUGAGCCAAUUGACUCUGGUCUGCCAUUGGAUAUUCAGAAGUUUUACCAUGGCAGUAUUACGAGGAAGGAGGCAGAGGAACUAAUGAGAAUACACAAAGAGGGCAGUUACCUGGUGCGGCGAAGUGAGACCCAGAAAAAUGUUUUUUCCCUUUCUAUAAAAGGCAUAAGGGGCAUGCCAAUGCACAUCAGGAUCGGAUUAAGUCAAGGAGAGUAUAUAUUGGGAGAGAACAGUCAGCCAUUCCCCACCGUUCCAGAAGUGAUAGACUAUUAUACCCGCCACGAACUCCCGGUGCAGAAUGCAGGUCGCCUCCGACUUCUUUAUCCAAUUAUGCGUAACAAGCAUACAAAUUAAUUUUGUCAAAUUUGAAAAGUGAUAUGUAUAUGUAUAUGACAUAUACAGAUUUUUAAAUAUAUAGAUUACUUUAACACAAAAAGGUGUUUUAAAACUGACAUUUAAUAUAUUAAAGAGUACACAGAGCUUCAUACUGAAUUAUUUGUAUGAAUAUGAAGUACUAGGGACUGGAGAAUCAUCCCGACAAAGAUUAUUUUAUUGGACCAUGUUGUCAUUCAUUUACAGUAAUUGAUGCAUACCAUGUGAUUUAAAACAUUUUAAAUACAGAUUUUAAUCCACUGUUGUAAGAUCUAGUAUCAUAUCGGCUCAUUAACACUGUCAAUAAAGGGACCAUAUCUACCAGGAAGUAACUAUAUUUAUACUCUCAUCUAUGAUAUUAUUGUGGGGUUAGAGGCAGGCAUGGUAAUACUCCUAAAUACUACUGACAUGGCCCCUCUGCAAUGAUUUAAAACAGAUCCUUUAGAAUGUUGGUAAAACUAGGAAGUAAUACUGUUUUAUUAUCCCUCACAGCAAUAACCUCACAUGGAAACUUCACUGGGAAAAACCUAGGUAAUUUCCCCCUAAAUUUUUGCUGAUAUUGUAGGAAGUUGUAUGUAGUAUUGUGAAAUUAUCAUUCUCAGUAGUUUAGACUUUCAGAUGUUUGUUAAAGGUCGUAAAAAGAACAAGCAUAGAUGUGAUAUGACUAUCCAAUUUUGGAAAAUGACAAUCGUGAUGCUGAUUUAUUUUGAUGAUGAUAGACAUACACUGACAUUUGGGUGAUAAAUGAUAUAAUUUAUAUUCCAAAUCUGCUUGCCUAUGAUAUACCCUUUGUAUAAUGUACUUUCUUUUUGGUGAGAUGCUUCAUCAUAUAGAGAGUUACAGCCCUUUGUUCAUUCUUAGAGUAUUGCAGUUGGUACAUUCUUAGAUACUGCAGUUGGAACAAUGAUGAGAGACAGCUGUUGCAUGCUUACAAAAUUCUUUUUUUUAUCCAGCUCCACAGUAUGACAAGUAGAAACUUCUAUUGUACAUUGUGAAUUGUAAUAUUUCUGCAUACUUUUAAUCAAAUGUACAUUGUUACUGUACAAAUAUAGGUGAUGGCAACCUCGUUUUGAUUUACAUACAAUAUUUUGAAUUUGAGGCUCUGAGUGGUAGGUUCUGUGAUAAUUUGCUCUUGAGCAAGUAAGAGUUAUGCCCCUUUGCUGUAAUGCUCUAUUGAGAUGCAUUGGCUCUUUAUGUUGUUGUUUACUUUAUAUAUGUCUAUGUUAACAUCUGUAUGUAUGUAUGUAUAAUAAUGUCAUCAUAUGACCUCAACUUAUACGAAGAUACAUGUACAGUAUACAUUGAGCUUUAAAUUAGAAUUGGUAAGCAACAUCUGAUAAUCUAAGUUUCAAUUUAAAUUCAUUUUAUUUACCAGAAGUGUUGGCUUAUAAACAUGAUGGCUUUACUAUGGUCAACGAGUAAGAAUGGUAUACUGUACACUACAUGCUUGAAAUCAAAGAAAGUUUACCAAAGAAAAAUACAGGAUACCAAGUUGUUUACUGGUAUCUUGUAGAUGUACCCUAAAUCAACUUUGUUAUAGAUCAAUUUGAUGUGAGACAUCACAUGAAAUAAUUUAGAUUGAGCCACAUACUAAUUGCCAAGACUCCUAAAUGGCUAUAGUUAUAUUGUACAUUUUACAUGCAAUGAAGCCCAUACCACCAUAAUUAAUAAAAGAAUCCUGGAUUUGUUUUAUUCUCAUGAAUUAUUUUUAGAUUCAAUGUUUCCAUAAUUUUGAAUUUAUGCCUACUUGUUUUAUAUAACUUAACAUAUAUAUGUAUUAUGAUUUGUCCUGUUAAAGACAGUUGUAAUAUACUUUGUAGUAUACAGUGUAUAUGUAUAUACCGACUGUAUAUAAAUUCCAUUACAUGAUAAUUUUGUAUAUAGACAUACAGUUUGGUCCAUUUUAGCAGAGAUAUUGGUAUACUCGCAGAUGCUUUUAGAACUAAAACUUUUUUGGGAUUUGUUUUUCUUCUAAAACCUCAGGUGAAAAACUCCUGUAUUUAAAUGUUUGAGUUUUAUAAAGACAUUUCCAAGGGAUUUCUUAUGAAAUCUAUUUUUUUUUUUAAUUUGUGUUGUUUCGUGACAUUAGUAGUGAAUUUUUUAUUAUACUGCUGAGAAUCUUAUCUGAUGUUUUUUUUUUUUUUUUUUUCCUCCUAUUUUGUUAACUGUAAUGAGCUGGAAUACCUUCCACUGUCUGUCAACCUGUUAGAAUUAUUCCUGACAGUACACAUGAUAAUUAUCACACAUCCAUGUUAUAAUUGGGCUCUGCUAUCAUUGUGUAUACAAAAUCUAUGCUAAUGCUGGUGCUAAUUAUAUUUCCUACUUUUCUGAAGGUGCUGCCUGUAGCUGAAGCUUAAUGUCUUAUUUCUGUGAUAAUGGUAAUUAAUUGAAAGGUAUGGAUAACUACGCUGAUGCCAAUUUAGUAUUGGCUAUCAGGUACAAAUUAUGGGAUAUUGGAUAGCGGGAUAAUUAGUGAUGACUGGACACUGGUCAGACCGACCGAUAAUUAGUGAUGACUGGACACUGGUGAGACAGAUAAUUAAUGAUGACUGGACACAGGUGAGACAGGUAAUUAGUGAUGACUGGACACUGGUGAGACAGACAGAUAAUUAGUGAUGACUGGACACUGGUGAGACAGGUAAUUAGUGAUGACUGGACACUGGUGAGUCAGACAGAUAAUUAGUGAUGACUGGACACUGGUGAGACAGACAGAUAAUUAGUGAUGACUAGAAACUGGUCAGACCGAUCAUUAGUGAUGACUGGACACUGGUGAGACAGACUGAUAAUUAGUGAUGACUGGAUACUGGUGAGACAGACAGAUAAUUAGUGAUGACUGGACACUGGUGAGUCAGAUAAUUAGUGAUGACUGGACACUGGUGAGACAGACAGAUAAUUAGUGAUGACUGGACACUGGUGAGACAGAUAAUUAGUGAUGACUGGAUACUGGUGAGACAGGUAAUUAGUGAUGACUGGACACUGGUGAGUCAGAUAAUUAGUGAUGACUGGACACUGGUGAGACAGACAGAUAAUUAGUGAUGACUAGAAACUGGUCAGACCGAUCAUUAGUGAUGACUGGACACUUGUGAGACAGACAGAUAAUUAGUGAUGACUGGACACUGGUGAGACAGACAGAUAAUUAGUGAUGACUGGACACUGGUGAGACAGACAGAUAAUUAGUGAUGACUGGACACUGGUGAGACAGACAGAUAAUUAGUGAUGACUGGACACUGGUGAGACAGAUAAUUAGUGAUGACUGGACACUGGUGAGACAGACAGAUAAUUAGUGAUGACUGGACACUGGUGAGACAGAUAAUUAGUGAUGACUGGACACUGGUGAGACAGUCAGAUAAUUAGUGAUGACUGGACACUGGUGAGACAGACAGAUAAUUAGUGAUGACUGGACACUGGUGAGACAGAUAAUUAGUGAUGACUGGACACUGGUGAGACAGACAGAUAAUUAGUGAUGACUGGAUACUGGUGAGACAGGUAAUUAGUGAUGACUGGACACUGGUGAGUCAGAUAAUUAGUGAUGACUGGACACUGGUGAGACAGACAGAUAAUUAGUGAUGACUGGACACUGGUGAGUCAGACAGAUAAUUAGUGAUGACUGGACACUGGUGAGACAGUCAGAUAAUUAGUAAUGACUGGACACUGGUCAGACAGAUAAUUAGUGAUGACUGGACACUGGUGAGUCAGGUAAUUAGUGAUGACUGGACACUGGUGAGACAGACAGAUAAUUAGUGAUGACUGGACACUGGCGAGUCAGAUAAUAAGUGAUGACUGAACUCUAUGGUGAGACAGCCAGAUUAGUGUCAACUGGAGGGUUAUAAGCCAGAUGGAUGACUGGCUGGGUAGUUUGAUUAACAAAGCAUGGCUGUAUGUUAUGUAAAUUUUUUAUUGAUGUUAAUAUAUUAUAUUCAUUAAAAUCACGAAACAUCUCAUUUGAUGUUUCCUAUAACGAUAUCUAAUCAGAACAGUUCAAAGAUGUUGUAUGAAAAGUGUUUGACACACGUUGAAAAUCUUUGAAUAUCAAACACUGAUACAGGUAAGAAAUAUCGGCUGAUUAAACCUUGUCCACAAAAAUAGCUGGACUAUUUCAAAAGAAGCUUGUUGAGAAGGCUUCGAGUAAAGGGUUAUGCAAUGCAUAUAUACAUGUAAUUCUGCAAGUGCAAUGAAAAUGUUUGUAUACACAUCUUACUCCUUCAAAUUUAUUAUAUAUAUCAAUCAACAACCUAGCAGUUGUGUAAUGGCAAUUUGAUAUCAAAACUACAUGUAUUUGUUAUUUUUCUGAAUUCAGCCUUGUUUCCUUGUACUCACCUUAGUGCUUUUGGUAGGUUUUGGGACAAGAUUUUAAAUCUCACACACUUGUUGGCAUAUGCGUAUGAGGUCUAGAAUAAUUGUGAAGCAAGCUAAUGUUGGAAGUCCAUUAAUAUACAUUCCAUACAUCCCUCCCCAUUUGCCAUAUACAUGUACAAUCAUAACAAUGUUGACCACUAAUAAUGGAUUAAAUGAUAAUGACUUAGUUUGAAGGAUAUUUGCUAAAAUGUUCUAGCGACAUGUAAAUGACUAAAUGUUAAGAAAUGAUGGGUGAUGAGGUUAGGUCAGUAGCCUGCUAGGAUGAAAAAUUUUAAGUUUGAAAUGAGUUGUACUGAAAAAUGUAAAAAAAAGAGGUAAAAACAAGCCUUAUUCUAAAGGUUAAUAAUAAAAAAAAACAAUAACACUCAUGUACAAAAGUUACAGAAUACAAAUUUUAGAUUGAAUGAUAGCAAAUCUUUUGUUAUGAAUUUGAGAGUGCCCUAAUCUCUUCAUGGUAGUGAGGCUGAUAUAACAGGUGGCCAAGCUAUGUCCAUUAAGGCUUUUGUACUGACUACGGUUGAUUAAUCGCCUAAUGAUGGUAGUCAUAAUCCAUGUGUAUUUUACAGGUGUUGUAUAGACCUCGUUAUAACUCGGAUAUGUUACGUGGACACUGCUGGUGCCAUCCAUUUAUUAGCCAACUCUUGUUUACCAUUAGGUGGCUUUCAGUGUAGUCUGCUUAAUAACCAGCUAUUAAUCAGAAUUACGAUACGUUUCUAAUAUUACAAGUUAUAUUUGUUUAUUUGUUAAAUCCAUUGCCAGAGCAUUAUUUGUUUUGUAAUCAAAUAUUGCGAAUAUUAUGUGAAGUAGAAAGGAACAAUAAAUUCCUGCUAAUGAUA